UAUUAUGUUAUAAGCCAAGAGUGCGAUUUGAACAUUUUGUUUAUGUAGCCUAUAAAACCCAAACUGGAAUAAUUAAGCCCUGUGAUAACGACAUGACGGGGGAUCGACGUCGUGAACUUUGCAUUAUGCUUCAGCACACCGCCUUAGAAGAUGCAAGGUAAUGGGUCUUGAUAUCAUCCUAGCUCCAUCCAAUUCAACAUUGGUCUCUUACGCAGCCUGGGCUGGAUGGUCGAUUGGGACUGUGACUUUGGGCAGAUUGAAUGAAGUUGGGCAACCAUUCGGACACUUUGCGCUGGCUCGCGGGGGAAGGGAAGAUACCCUACUCCAAUUCAUGUUCCGCUUCGAAGAAACAUUCCCGAGUCUUCCUGGGGCGACUUCCCCUUUCGAAUAAUGGCAUGCGCCAGUCUUUAUAGGUUACCUACCUUGGUACCUUACGUAUCUAGACAAAAGUA